GCUCUCUCUAUAUGGCGAGACCAUCGUCUCCAACACACUCUCGAGUCUCUCGUAUACCCUCGUCAGUGUUUGCUCCCGUUUCCGUCUUCACUACCCUGUUCCCCCUUUAUCUACCGCAAAAAAGUGAUUGAGAAGGAGGAGGCUGCACAGUUAUUGACUAAGUUAUAGGGAUUCUUAACACAAUCAAUAAUUGGAGUAAUGGAGGUUGAGGAUUGGGCAAGUUCUUUUGGUGAAGUGAGUGACUCUGAGAUUUCUGUGCGGGAUGCUAAUGAUGAGGAACAUUGCUAUACAUCUGGUGAUAUACCCAAGUUGCAAUUUAGGAAAGACACAUCUAAGGCUCGUUGGAACAAUGCGUUGGGAAUGGCUGAGGUUGUGGAGAAGAAGGGUAAAAUGUGGACAACAACUGGGAUAGUUCGUUGCAGCAAGACCUAUUGCUCAAUUGAAGAGACUUUGUUUUUGGCCGAAAUAGGGGCAUUGCACCUCUUGGAUGAUGAUGGUACAUCUCUUCCCCUAAAAGAUAUAUAUAAGAAGGUUGCAGAAGGAAAGAGUGGAUGUUGCUGGGAGUCAUUUGAGGUUUUUAGGCACUUGAAAUCUCUUGGUUACAUUAUUGGGCGACAUGGUAUACCUUGGACUAUGAAGGGUGUUAAUUGUAAGCCGGUUUCUCUUCAAGACACGCCAGAAAUCAAUAGGAUAAUGGACACGGAAUCUAAUGACAAUAGUUUUGUCUUUGAACUGUUCAACAAGAUGCAGAUUAAUGAAGCGAGACCAGUUUUUGAUGUUUAUCUUCCUAACAGCAAAUUUAAAAAGUCUUCUCCUGGCAAUCCAAGUUUUAUGGUAUGCUUAACCAGUGGUCAUCUGCCAUCCAAAUUGGAAAUUGAAGACCUUGAGAGACAAUGCAACGGCAUUCCUUUGAAGUUUUGUCAUGUUGAGCAUGGACGUGUCAGUUUCUUCUCCUUCAAGAGAGUGGAACUCCCUAUCCUUCCAUGACUUUCUUGUACGGAUAGAAUGUAAGUUUUGAAUGAGAAUAAUUACAUUCAAUGUCAUGACAUAAUUGGAGUUGCAAGUUUAUAGAUCCUGACAUCUAGAAGUAAAACUUAUAUUAAACACAUGAUCGUAAUGUUUGAUAUAGAUGGAAAUCAGUUUUACAGUGUGUACAUGAAUAGCUAUCUAUUUAUGUCUUCACAUUUUUUUCUUUUUGGAUCAUGCACAAUUGUUAUUUGUUAUAUGACUUAUUUUUGGUUUUCUGUUC